AUGGAGUCUGGGAUGCCGGAAUGGCCCGCGUCAGCCUCCCUGCAGCCCCGCCCGCCGCCACCGUCGCACGCCAUCCCACCCCCCCCCCCCCCCCCCCCCCCCGGAUCUAUACCCGACGGUCGCUCGCAGCAAGGAGCAGACUGGGCGCCUCCGGUCACCGUCCAAGCGCCUCCUCCCUCGACGUCGGCGGCUCCGCGGCAGCUGUUGCAGGAGCAAGGCGCCCCCACGCUGGCGUCCGAGCCGGCCCUGGUCUCCUCCCCGCCGUGUUGGCUGCGGCGACCGCGCAGGGUGCCAGGCUCUCGGGGCUCGGCGGCUCCCAUCUCCACCGCCGUGCGUCUCCACUGCCGUGCCCCCUGCCCCUCCACUGCCGUGACCCCUGUCCAGAUCUGGUACAGCUCACGCUGCAAAAGGAUUAGGAUCAUGGGCGGUCAGCAAGCACGGACUGGGGUAUUAGCAUGGAGCUCCUGCAUAUUGUCCUCCGGUAGUAGGGACAAGAAAACAUAUUGCAGCAUGACAUCCUUGUUCCCAGUGACUAUGUCAGCAUGUUCUGUGGUCAUAGAUCAGAGGUUUUGCAACACAGCUAAUGGAAAUGUUCUGAACUCAAUAGACACAGGCAGCCAGUGAGUUCCCUCUUCAGUACAGUAAGGCCCAUGUGAUACUCCAGACAGCAUUGCACUAAAUAACUGCACGCUCUUCGUCCUGCUUGGCUGCCAUUUCACUUGCAACACUUGCAUAUAUAGGACCUGGGAACACACGAUGAUCUUUCUAUUUAAGCAUAGAGGUGAGAUGGAAAUGGUUCUCAAACUCAAAGAACCCAGCAACCGAGGGGAUCAAGGAGCUAGACGGCCGGGGCAAGGGCCAUGUAUCAUCAGUACGAUUCCAAACACUAGGGUUGCAUCGUUCUGUUGUGUGUGCCCACCAGAUCGAAUUGGCAUGGCAGGAAUAUGAGGCCUUGGGAAAUGUGGCGGUGCAUGCUGAUAGGAUAUUUCAGGGGUAGCACUUCAAAAUGGUUCGGCAAUAAUAUAUCGUCUGCUGAUGUGUCGUCAGCCACAUCAAAUCAAUCCGCAGUUGUUACAACAAAUUCAGAUCCUAGUACUUUAGUUUCUGCUAGUGCUCCUAUUCCCUACCUCACUAGCUUGGCAGGUGGUUGAGAGAUCAUGGAUGCAAGUUUAGUGCCGUAUGUGUGUCCUCUCUUGUAAUUUCCUCGAAUAUACCUUUGUAUCCCCCAAGAGAGAUGGAGUCAUGUGAUGUUUUGGUCCUUGUGGCUAGUUUAGGAAAAUUAAAUAAAGUCACACAGUUGGUUGGAGUGGAAACACUAUACAAGUUGGUUGGUUGGAUAA